GGCUGGGCGCGGCGCGACCCGCUCUUCCCGGAGCAACUGCCUCUGUUGUACCCACCUUCGCCUUUGCGCACCUUCUGGCCGCUCCAGCCCAGAGACUAUCCCGGGAGCCGGAUCCCAGAACCUGCGGGACACAGCCGGCGAACCUCGCCAAGUUCCGCCCGAUCCAUUCAUUGAGAACCGCGUCUUUUCCCAGGGCCCUUUCCCCGCCACCUCCGACUUGGACACCCGACAGUGCCAUGGAGAAGGGCAGCGAAACCAACGGCUACCUCGACAGCGCCCAGGCGGGGCCUGCGGCAGAGUCCGCGGCGGGGUCUGCCGCGCAGGAAACGGUGGUGGAGCGCGUGGGGAACCGAGUCGGCUUUCUGCGGCGCCACGCACUGGUGCUGCUCACCGUGUCUGGGGUGCUGGCGGGCGCUGGCCUGGGCGCUGUGCUGCGCAAGCUACAGCUGACUCGCACGCAGAUCACCUACCUGGCCUUCCCUGGUGAGAUGCUGCUUCGCAUGCUCCGCAUGAUCAUCCUGCCGUUGGUGGUCUGCAGCUUGGUGUCCGGUGCCGCCUCGCUUGACGCCAGUUCGCUCGGGCGUCUGGGCGGCAUCGCCAUAGCCUACUUCGGCCUCACCACACUGGGUGCUUCGGCACUGGCCGUCGCCUUGGCAUUCAUCAUCAAACCCGGGUCUGGCGCGCAAUCUCUUCUGAACAGUGACUUGGGCCUGGAGGAGUCGGGGCCUCCCCCAGUCCCUAAAGAAACGGUGGACUCUUUCCUUGACCUGAUCAGAAACCUGUUUCCCUCCAACCUUGUGGUUGCAGCAUUCCGCACGUAUGCAACUGCCUACAAAGUGGAAAUUCAUAACACCAGCUCUGGAAACAUCACCAGUGAAAAGAUCCCCAUUGACACCGAGAUUGAAGGAAUGAACAUCUUAGGACUGGUCCUCUUUGCCUUGGUGUUGGGAGUGGCCCUAAAGAAGCUAGGCUCUGAAGGAGAAGAGCUCAUUCGUUUCUUCAGUUCCCUCAAUGAGGCCACAAUGGUGCUGGUAUCAUGGAUUAUGUGGUAUGUCCCCGUGGGCAUCAUGUUCCUGGUGGGAAGCAAGAUUGUUGAAAUGAAGGACAUCGUGGUGCUGGUGACCAGCCUCGGGAAAUACAUCUUCGCGUCUAUCCUGGGCCACAUCAUUCAUGGAGGACUCGUGUUGCCACUUGUUUAUUUUGUUUUCACACGGAAAAACCCAUACACGUUCCUCCUGGGCCUCCUUACACCGUUUGCGACAGCAUUUGCUACCUGCUCCAGCUCAGCAACACUUCCCUCCAUGAUUAAGUGCAUUGAAGAAAACAAUGGUGUCGACAAGAGGAUCAGCAGGUUCAUCCUCCCCAUUGGUGCCACCGUGAACAUGGAUGGCGCUGCCAUCUUCCAAUGUGUGGCUGCAGUGUUCAUCGCCCAGCUCAACAAUGUGGAUCUGAAUGCAGGACAGAUUUUCACCAUCUUAGUGACUGCCACCGCGUCCAGUGUAGGGGCAGCAGGCGUGCCAGCUGGAGGAGUCCUCACCAUCGCCAUCAUUCUGGAGGCCAUUGGACUGCCAACGCAUGACCUCUCUCUGAUCCUGGCUGUUGACUGGAUUGUGGACCGGACUACCACCGUGGUAAACGUGGAAGGCGAUGCCCUGGGUGCAGGCAUUCUCCAUCACCUCAAUCAGAAGGCAGAAAAGAGAGGUGGGCAAGAACUGAGCGAGGUCAAAGUGGAAGCCAUCCCCAACUCCAAGUCUGAGGAGGAGACAUCGCCCCUGGUAACACACCAGAAUCCCACCGGCCCUGUGGUCAGCGCCCCGGAACUGGAAUCCAAGGAGUCAGUUCUGUGAAGUGGCUGUGCCAGCAGGGGCGCCCUAUCUCAUAGCCCAGCCAUGGUAAACAUGGGCCAGGCCCCUACCGAAUCUGAGCAACACUUGUGCCCAGCCACCAGUUUGAGGGUGAGCUCUCAGCACAGGCAUCGGGCUCCUCAGCGGAACUGUGUGCCAAAGACUAGGACACUCUGAUGCUUGGUUUGAUCCAUGUCCAGGAGCAGCUGUGUAUGCACCUGGAGCUCUGUCUGGAAACCUUCCCCAGAGCCCCCACAUUCCAGUGAUCAUGGGCUCAUAGGGCCUGCAGCUAAAGCUUGAAAAAAUGCAGGUGUAUUUGUCAUUGCUUCCAGACGACCAUACAUCAGAUGCUUCCUGGGCAAACCAAGAUGGCCUAUAGUCACCUGUCACAUUGCCUUGUCAACGGCUAGCAUUGGAAAGAUUCCCGAAUUCUAAGCUGGCUGGAGUUUCCUGAGCUGGGACUCGGGUGUAUAAAGAAUUUGUGCUCCAGCUGGGUGUGGGUGCCUUCUACCACACUUGUUGCUGUGGGACUGGAGGCACUGCCCAAUGUCAAUGUUAAAAAUACUCCAGGGGGGUAUUAAGACAGUGAGGGUCUCUGGCCAGUAGCAUUAAGUAAACAAUUCAUAUUCUGAGGUCAAGAGGAGAAAAGUAUCGCUUGAACAGAGAGGGGGUGCUCUAUCAGGCCCGGAUGCAGCAGGGCACAUACACAGUUGCCUAAGUACCACCCCAGCCCAGAGCACUUUCUGUUCCCUAGGCCUAGGCCUCUUCCAACUCUACAGCUUAGUUCCAUCCACUCUAACCUGGCAGUGAGCCCAAGAGGGGCUGCCUCCUCUUGGGGGAUGAUGAGGUCAUCACACUCACAACCCUUGUUGGCCUAUCAACUCCAGUACAACAUGAUCCUCCGUAAAGCACUGUAUCAUGGCAACAGCAAAGCCCUCCCUCCUUCUAAUAAAUCCAGGUCCUAAUUGGAGUUGGGGUCCCCAUUCCCAUUCCCAGCUUCCCAGUCCCUUGACUAUGGCUGAUUACCACAGAUAAGAUUCCACUCCUGCCAGGGCACCAAGGUUUAAAAUUACUGGUAAGAUGGCCUGCCGUUACCCAUGGACUCCGUUUUAAUCUUGAGGUGGGAUCUGUAUAGAGAAAGCAGUGAGCUACAGGGUGCUGCUGCCUGCUGUGGCUGUUAGUGCAUGAUCACAGCAAAUCCCGGGGCCUCACUUUAGCCCAUUGGUAAAAUGGGGCUAACGUUACCACCUCUUACCUACCUCAGAGGGAUUCAGUGAGGCAAACUGUAAAUCCGUGAAAAUGACCAUUCCACCUCUCAAUGUCAAAUGCUAACACCCAUAAGCUCUGCUUAUCUAUUACCCCAGUGUCAGUUUCCCCAUGAGACCUCCUUCCCCAGUGAAGUCAUCUUGUGUGAGCAGGACUUUGUUCCCCAUGCUGUUGUCAUUUCAUGUAGUUGUCUGAUGGUAGCAUCAGACACAGCCUCUUCCUGGAGUCCUUCAAGUUGUUAUGAAUUAGCUAGUUCACUACGGCCACAUUUCACUGCAACUCCCGAAUGUGGCAUCACUACUGCCACCCUAUUUUAAGAGCCCACUCACUGAAGGCCCCUCGAUGUUCAACUUUGUUUAUUCCCAGUCUGUUGCUCUGUAUCUGGACCCUCCAAGAGAGGUCCACAGCUUUGUGGUGAACCACUGGAAGGCAAGUGGUCCAGAAACAAUCAGGUGCCCCCUUCAUUUUAAAACUGGGGACAUGAGGCCUACCCAGACCAACAGGAAAGUCCAACUCUCCGGACCAGCCAAGCCUCCUGCCCAGGACAACCAGGGAGGGACUGAGCAGAAAGGUGCCUGCAUUUACCCUCCAGCUGGAGCUUGCUGCCAGUACUCUGCUGUUUUCAAAGGAGUGUGGGAGAAGAUCACAUUGUUUAAUUUCAAACCACAAAUGAACAUUUGCUAUUUUUCAGGCUUCAAUCUUUUUUGUUCUCAUUUUUUUCUUCUGUGUGUGUAUAUAGUUUUAGCUCCAAUCCAAGCAGGUUUGAGUUUGAAUGGGGUGCAUUCAACUACCAGUUGUGGUGUUUGGCAUUCUGGUCUUCCAUUCCUGAGGAUGAAUUUUCCAUUCCUAAGAUUAGAGCUGGACAAGACGAUCCACUGGCUGAGUACCCCACGUCCAGGAUGUGGCCCGGCCACACGAGGAUACCAAGAUUUGGAGAAGAGUGCUUCUGUGUGACACGCGUGGGACUGUCCCCUUGGAAGCAUCGGUUCUUUGAUUUCCAGACAGAGCAGAGCCAGCAGAGGGGGUGACCAGGGCAAACCACACUGCGCAUUGUCAGAAAAUUUGUCCCUGGCCAUUCUCUAACAUGUCGUAGCAAAUCCUGUUCCCUUCUUACUGUUCUGUAUGUGUGACACUUGCCUUAAAACCUAGCACAGUCUUUAAAAGUAAAUACAAUA